GUGACAACCAUCUCCUCCCGCUGCCCCUACCUCCUAUAGACGCGGACGCGCGCCUUGUUCGCACGUCAGAACCUACAGGUUCCUAGAAGUCGAGGCCUCGACGUCUAGCGCGCGCACCCGCAUUCUUCAAGCCAGAGGACGAAGUUUGGCACUUGCCUCCCCCCACCAUGGUCACCUUCCGACGUCGAAGCACGUUCCUUCCUGUCUUUGCCCUCGCUGCAAUUUGCACUCUCUACAUACUACGUCGGUCACCACACGAAGACGUCGACGCGCCGCUUCAGUACAUCCCAACCAAUGAAGUUCCCCUCGAGCAGGAGUUCGAGAACGAGAUACUACCUACGACAACGGAGAGAGAGCGUCUGCGCGUGCAAGCCCCUCCCCCACCCCCGCCGCCCCCAAAGAACGAGGCACCACCUUUCUGCAGGGAUACGGAGUGCGGCACGGGGCGCUGGCGCGCCCGAUCACCGGCUUUCAGCUCCCCCUCGGAGCUGCAAAAAGCAUACGCGAACAAGUACGAUCACGUCUGGCAGCGCUGCCAGGUCCCGUCCGCAGAGCAGCUGCCCGAGGCGGAGCGGAACGAGCUGGAGACCAGGCGCCUUGUCGACGUCCUGAACUGGGAGUGGGUCCCGGCAGGGGGGAAGCUGCUCAUGGACUUUGACGCGCUCGAGUUCACCAUUCGCAUGCUAAAGAGCCCGGGCGGGAUGAUUCUGAUGGGAGACUCGAUCUCGCGCCAGUGGCACGUUACACUGAGGCGAGUACGGUGACGCGGAGAGCGGGCCGGGCUCGGCUCACGGAGAUGAUGAAGAAGAUUCCCACGAGGUUACUCUGUAACGAAGUCUCGAUUGAAAACCUUGCCCUCCUCCCUUGGAGGAGGGCCCUUUUAUACCUACAGCUGUAAGUAGUCAUAACUAGUCACGGAGUAUAUAUACGAGUCAUAAGAAACCAGGAGAACCUCAAGGAACUCCAAAGGAAAUACCCCCGCGAGGGGUGAAGGCAGAGCACGUGGCGUC